AUGAUUUUGCAUGCCAGUGCACUGAGUGCGUAUGUCAAAAGCGUUUGUGUUGACAGUGGCAACACACAAUUUGCAAUCAAAGCUGCGCCAUCGAUUGAUUUGCGCCGCGUCAAGUCUUGA